CUGGCGCUUUAGAACGGCGUAGAGGCCUAUAUACACGUCUCCUUCUCGCCAUACCUCUGUCUCUUUUCAUCUCGCUAAACUUGUGUGUGUGUCAGCCUGUGUUUGUACAUAAUACACACACGAAGAUAGGGACUACAGUUAUAGGUUCUAUAUAUACAGCCAUACACACUCAUUGCACGAGGUCAUCGUCAUCCCCCAUCUGUGCGAAUAGGCCCAUCGCCAUCGGCAGCAGCGGCAGCAGCAGCGGCAGCAGCAACGAACAGCAGCGCACAGUGUGUCGAGCGCCGAGCGAAAUUCUCAUACAUACAUAUAUAAAUAUACAGAGUAUUAUGUACAGCCGUGGCCGUCGUUGUUUGUGAUACGCGAGCGUGUCGCGAUACAAUCGAUUGUGUUGUUUCCACUGCCAGAGUCGAGCCGAGCACGACGACUUUGUGUACAUAAUAAUACGCACAACACACCGAGUGAGUCUCGAGCCGUGCGUGCGCGAGUGUUUUUGGAAGCACAGGAGACAUCUCCCCGCAGUGUGCCUCGCAAUUUCGCACGCGAAAAUAACGUGUGUAUAUGAGUGAUUCCGGACGCCAACACCACGUAGGCACGACGAGAAAACGAAGAGAGCAGUCGCUUCUUGAUAUAGAAAUAGUUAUAAUCGUUGGGUAGCCAUCCCGGCUUGUGCACGCGACGACAGUGACAGUGAGUAAAGUACGAGACCCUUCGAAAUGGCCGACGACGAAGCUGCGUCGACGAGGAACAAGUUCCUCAUCGGGCUACGCUCGAGGUGGCUCAGGUCCGCGGCGCCCAGGAGCGUCAUCUGCGACGACAAUCUCGAGGACGCGGUCGUGCAGACCAACAGCAACCUUAACGUGAGGUUCACCUGGAACACCACCGACAGUUACGUCUGGAGCUGGUCGUUCGAGGUCACGACCAAGGAUGACAAAUACUUAAGAAAUGUGAGCCUUGCACUUGAUUCUCACAGGAAAAAUUAUGGCAUUCUAUCUGUGGUUGGGGAUAAUUUUUGCUUUCACUCGCCUGAGGCUGACGGACAGCAUGUUGAAGCUCUUCCAGUUAUCGAAGACCCUUUAGACAGUUCAAAUAGUUCUACGCACUCUUAUAUGGUUGAAAUUAAGUUUCAUGCCAAAUCUGUUGGAACUUAUUGUCAGGAUGUGAUUUUUGGCUUUGGUGAUGAUUGCCCAGUCAUAAGAAGACAGUUGGUUAAUGACUGUGUUGUAGAUUCAGAUAAUGUUCGUCUACAAGCUGCUAAAGAGUAUCUCAUGUACUUGAGCAACAAUGUUCCGAUACCAUCAAAGUCAAUUGUACCUUUCAAUUCACCUUUUGUAACUGAUAGAGAUCCAAGAGAGUUAGAAUUAUGUGACUUUUAUCCUAAACCUGAUGUGGAUACAUUCUUUUUGACACACUCCACUUUGAAAGCCAUUGCUUUGGAUCCUCAAAAUUAUAGAAGAAUACUGCAUGAACUUGUGACUAUUGAAGAAAUUGCACGGCGAGAGCAGAUUGCGCGUUACAAUCAAGUGACGGAGUUGAGAUUAUCUAAUUGUUUUAUCUUAGCUUCAGAUACAGAUGGUUCGACCGUGGCUAAAUAUGCAGCACCUGGAGAAUUAUUUGCACAAUUUCCUCUUGGUCGCGAAGUUUCGGAAGACUCAAAAAGCGGUCGGCUGCUUCUACGAAGCUGUACGCAUUUACUUGUUCAAAAAAUAGAGGUCAACAAAAACGACCCAAAUGGACCCCCUCCUGUAUUGGGUCCCAAAAUAUUCGAAGCUCACGUCGAAGACAAAUGUAAUCAUUCGAUUUUCGCGCGUCUCUCUAAAGACUGUGUUGAAUACUUCAAUCUAAAACACGACACCAGUGAGCAGAUGUUUGUACAAUUUGUCAUGAACCGCACGCCUUUCGCUGAGUGGCACAGAGCCAUUGACGCUUUGCCGGAUCCUGAGUUAAUUUUCCCUAAACGUCAACUCGGUUUAUCUGGAACUUCGGGAAAUGGCAUUCUUCAACAACAGCUCAAAAAUCUCAAAUUCGAAUGGUUACCUGAAUGGGCUUCGAAGCUAACGGAUUGCCAACUGAACGAGCGCCAGAAAGAGGCCGUGGCAGCAAUGAUGGCACCAUCAAAUUUGAUCCUACCACCAAUACUUAUAUUAGGUCCAUUCGGUACGGGAAAAACGUCGACCAUUGCCCAAGCUCUCCGUAUACUUCUGGUGAACAACCUACAGAGUAAAGUUAUUCUGUGCACUCACAGUAACAGUGCGGCUGAUUUAUAUGUCAAAGAAUUCUUCGAUCUCUGGUACAAAGAGACAUGUGAUGAGAGGUUAAAACCCCUCAGAAUUUACUACAAAGGACGUACACUAAAUACGGUACAUCUAGCGGUGCGCCCAUACUGCCCGAUAGACUCUAACGGUCGGUUCCGCGAUCCCACACCCGAUGAAUUAGAGAACUGUGGCUUAGUCAUCUCGACCUUGGCAACGUCGAGCUGUCUAACUGGCUUGGACUAUACACCGACUCACAUUAUCAUCGACGAAGCUGCACAGGCUCUCGAGUGCGAAGCUUUGGCGUGUCUGUCAAUGGCCACGCCGAAGACUCGUCUCAUUCUGGCUGGUGACCAAAUGCAAUUGGCGCCGGAAGUAUACAGCGACUUAGCUAGAGAACGUGGCUUAGGAAUCAGUUUACUAGAACGGAUUCAUCUGAUCUACGAGAAACCACAUCCAUGCCGAGUUCAACUUUGUAAAAAUUACCGAGCUCACGCUGACAUAGUUAAGCUCACAUCAGAACUAUUCUACGGAGGUCAGAUUGAACACGGCGCUACCCUGCCCCGACACGAGCUCUACGCGCCAUUAACGUUUUACGCUUGCGAGGGUGUCGUUCAGAAGGGAAACAACUCGACAGGCUUUUACAACGACAUCGAAGCUGCGGAAAUAGCCGAGCGAGUAUCAGAAUUACGACGCAAGUGGCCUGCCGACAUUUGGGGUCCAUUCCAGGAAGGUUCAAUAGGUGUUGUGUCGCACUAUGCGGAACAGGUGGUUCGCAUUCGUAGCGAGCUGCGCAAGAGGAAACUUUUCAAUGUCUCGGUGGAGCGUGUACUCAAUGUACAAGGCAAACAAUUCGUGGCUGUAUUCAUCAGCAUUGUGCGGACGAGGCACUGCAGUCGAUUGCCUGCAGAGCGAAAUCUCAGUGACUACGGGUUCUUGACGAAUCCUAGACUGCUCAACACAGCAGUUACGCGAGCCAAAAGUUUGGUCGCUGUUGUCGGAGACCCGGUUGGACUACUGACUAUCGGUUCUUGCGUCAAACAUUGGCGCCUAUACUUGCGCUCUGCGAGCGUUCACGGAAUGGAGCAGCGGGAACUCGAGUUCCACCUUAACAAGGUACUCGAGGAACCAGCAGCACCGGCGCUCAAUCCUCUGGCAGAAGAAUUCGUGCCGCGCGAGAGCGUGCGCAUGGAAAAUCCCACGUGGAUUGAAUACGUCCCGAUGCCGGUGCCUGUUCCGAUCAUACACUGCGCCGUUGAUCCGAAAGGAACUGUUGUUGUUGGUAAAACAUAAUUGUAGCGGAUGAUGAAAAAAAAGACAAAUACGCCGGCAGUAAAAAUGGAUAUAUUAUAAAUUAAAAUUAUAAAUAUUAAAUUUAACGCAGAAACCACUGCGUUGGAAUGAAGAAAUUAUUCUGUAGAUUUUGUCUUAAUUUAAAUCACGUAUUUUAAAGAAACUUAAUUUUUAGUGCGACAAGAAACUACUUUUAUUACUUGCGUGAUGAAUCAUUUAACUAAAACAAAGAAGUAAUGAAAGUACCCUGUAUCAAUUCAUGUUAUUUUAUAAUUUUCAUCGUCAUUUCUUAUUACCUGUCAUGUCUAUGCACAUACUUAUAUAUUUUUUAUUUGAAAAAAAAUUUUUUAUAUUAAUAUAUCACAUAACUCGUCCAUUCCUCUGUAUUAUAUAAAAUAAUCAUGUAAUUUUAAAUCGACAUUAAAAUUUUUUGUCGAAUAAAGAUACAAUAUAAUUGUUCUAUAAAUAA